AAUAUAUAUAAACCUUUGAUUUUUGACCAGAAAUCACUUUCACUUGAGUUGAUCAAAGUAUAACUUUAAAUUGUCAAUCAAAUUGUGCAGUUAAUACCAAUUAGAUAAUCUAAUCCCUCUACUAAUCAAUUAAACGAUGAAAUUAACACCGGUAAUUAUAUUGUUUUUAUCAUUGUGCUUGACCACUUUAGGAUCAGAUGAAAAUAAAUCAAAAGCCGAUGGACAAUCAACUCCAGCUAAGGAAUCAAUUGAAACAACGGAUUUAAUGGUUUCGGAGACUCGACAGCCAAGGGUUCAUCACCACCACCAUCAUCAUCAUCAUUCAUCGAAAGCGGGUCACCAUUGGCAUCAUCACGGGCAUGGACAUCACCACAAUAACCACCAUCAUCAUGGUCACCAUCAUGGUCAUCAUCACGGUCACGAACUUACAACCGAUGGUUGUAAAUUUUCAGUCUCAAUUAAGCUUCUGAUUAACAAUCAGCUUAAUUGA